AUGUCUUCGCCAAGUUUCUAUUCUUCACCGCUACCUAAGUCUGUGUCGCGUCCCGAUAUCAGAUUUCCAAUGGUUUAUCUUCAAAUAUUUCGAUUUUUGUGAAUAGCUGAAUAUAGCUUUUCUCGCCGUUGGCUGCAUCGUCGCCCGUGUCCAACCGAGCACGUCCUCGCGCCGUAGUCAUCGAACUGUCUCCUACGACAUCAGACUCAAGUGUCUCAAGCGCCGACAGAACGCACCGCGCCACUAGGGGAGUCGACGAAUCGCUGAGCAUGUUUGUGAAAGUUUAAUCGGUCAAAAAUGUUAUCUAUCAUUCAGACUUUGUCUGGACGAUACUCCAGAACAGGAAGCAAUCUCUUUCUCUUCAGAGCACACGGCACUGGAGUACGUCGAUUCGUGAGUCUUAUAACUUUUUUUCCAUGCGAAUAAUAAUUUUUUCAUAGAUUUGCCUUUUUGUCGCCUCCGUUCCCUCGAACGAUACUUCAAAAGGCAUUAGAUUAUUACGUACCGCUUUUUGAAAACUGCGAGGUUUUCUCUCUUUAAAAUUACAUCCUUUUUUCUCGUAGUAUUCGAAAAAGGAGGAGUUUGUGGUGAGCACGUUGCGCCUCUCUGUCUUCUGGACGUCGUCGGUCAGACGGUUAGUGGGUCUGGAGUCCCUGCAGGAACUGACGUCUCCAGCCUUCCGGUCAUUGCUCAUCGACAUUCUCGAAAAGUGUAAAGACGACGCUUCGAGGUCAAAGAAAAGUCCUUUUUCUAAUGCUCAUACAAAAUUCGUUUAAAUUCCACUUUAAAAAAAACCUUUAUUCGGAUUUUUCGUUCGUUCCCGAGCUUAACCUGCCCGACUGAUUUUUUAAUGUUUGAAUUUUCGUGGAAAAAAUGCUCAAAAAUGGAUACUACCGAAAAAAAAAGUUUACAAAUUUUUUCUGAAGUUUCACUUUUUUUUUUCCAUUUUUCUUUAAAUUUUCAUUCUCAACCUACAUCUUCUGAAGCAGAGUCGCAUUGUUUUCAAAUACGAUUUUUGAGAUUUGUCUUCGUGGUCUCGAGAGGCGCCCGUGUGUCACACGUCACUCGCGAAGAGCUCCACACGUUUUUCUGCGACGCUCAGGAAACACUUCCAGAUACACCGUUUCCUCACGAUUUCUUCGCGGAGAUAGUGAGACCAUAUUUGAAAGUAGAAUUCAUACCGAAUAUUUUUCAGGCCACUGAGCGCGUUUUGUGGAAUGCAUGCCGAACUUGGAGUGGCAAACUUCUGGUUACUGACAUCAGGUCCUCUGAGAAGUUGAUGAACUCGCUGCUCGACUAUAGCACGGACCCAUAUUUGGGGUAAGCUAUAUUCUUCAUCCAUUUUUUUAUUUUCGUUUUGUUUAUACUUCCGUGCAAAGAAAAAAUUUGAGUUUUUAUCCUUUUGAAACUUUUACUUCUUUUAGGAACGCCGCUGAACUGAUCUUGCAUGAGUUGCAGCAUUUGGGAGCUGGACGAACAGUCAGUCGCUUAGCUCUCGAAAGAAUCAAUUUCGGAGGUUUUCAUCCAGAAAUUGCUGACGAUCUUGUUGAUAUUCAGCCAUAUCGAAACUCGUUUGGAGCCGCAUAUUUUCGCCGAAUAUCGUCCGUCCUGCGGCCGGAGCCGUCAGUGAUGACUUCUUAACGCUUCAGCAGUUUCUCCACUUUUUUUUCGCUCACAACGGCAUGGACGAUGAGCAGAGGUAGAAUUCCAAGGAAGGGUAUAAUACUCAGUUUUUGUAAUGUUUCAUAUUUUCUAGCUCUUUUGCAGCAGUAAAAGCUUUGAAAGCAUACUUCCUCUUUGGAAAAGUUUUUUUUUGAAGGCAGAAAAGAUAAGUUGAGCUGGUAAAAUUCACUUUUGUAAAAAAAGUUUCAAUUAGUGUCGCGUCUUUGAAAAGUUUUAGAGAGUCAUAUGUAUAAAAAAAAACAGAACUGUUCCAGUUUCUUCUCAGCGAAGUGCUAUUUCUAGUGUAGGGCUAGUUUUGUAGUAUCUAUGUUCGUUAAGGUAGCAAAAAUUCGAACAAACAAAACAAAAAAGAGUUGAAAAAGAAGGAAAUUUCUUGGAAGACUACAAGAACUAAAGAGGUUCGCAAAUACGGAGAGCUUUGUUGAUAAUGAGAAUGAUCAGUUGAAGUUUCGUGGAUGGAAUUGAUUUUCAGCAUAGAAUACUGGAUGCGCGUGCUCGAUCUGAACGGAGACGGGCACCUUUCAUUCUUCGAAAUAGAGUCUUUUCACGUGUGUGUCUCCGACUACUUACUUCAGUAUGGAGCUUCUUCUCUCGACUUCAGAGAUCUGAUUUGUCAGGUGAAUAUCCUUGUGGGCAUGUCUGAAUAAAACAUUCAUCAGUAUUGCGACAUGACGGAGCCCUCUAAUUUGUAUUGGACACUGUCGGAUCUGAAGAAGCAGCCGCGGAUGAGCUCCAGAAUCAUCGCAGCUUGUGUCAAUGCUCGGAAAUUUUUCUCAGAUGAGUGCGAAGAGCGUAGGUUAUUUAUUAAGCGCCUCAUACUCUACAGCUUUUUCAGGGUUCGACGUUGAUAGAGUCAAGGACGUGGCUUUUGGGUUCGCACGCACCACUUGGGAACGUUUUAUCGACGAAUCUUUGCCCGAGGACACCUCUUCUGUUUCCAAUCCUAGCGUCGAGUUUGUUGAAAGCCGUUCCGAUGACCCAACCGCCCAUGAAGUUUGUACACUAGAUUGAUUACAUCAUAGAUAUUCAUUUUUUAUUGCAUGUACUAUAAAAAUAGAGCGCCUGUAAAUAUAGUGAGUCGGUGUCCAAAAAUUGGAUUUUAUUGUAAUUCUUUGUACUAUUUUAUUGAUCAGUGAUCUCAAACUACUCAAUUUUUUUUUCUUGUGCCAUGAUUUGUUUUCAGCUCAACAAGUUUCCGAUUUUCAUAUGCUUUCUCUGAUGUAUUUUGAACCUUACUGCAAAAUGAAGAGGUUUCUCAAACGAUUGUUCAAAAAAAAAAAAUUAUCUCUGUUUGUGCAGAGAAUUCGUAUGGGGAUAGCCAUGAUUUCUUCGGAGUAAGAAAAUUUUCAAAUCUAUUGUAUUACUUUAAGCGAUGAAGCUGACAAGGGAGUUAAUUUUACUUUGCCGUUGUGGAUUUAUUGAAACUUGGCCAGAACACUCCUUGUUAAACCAGAAGGCAAUUUGGAAAGUUCAUGUGAGUCGAGCAUGCCUAAUUGAUUUAUAACGAAAAAUAAAGCGUAAAAAGAUUGUUUUUGAAUGUCAAACUGAGUUCAUUCGUAGAGCAGAAUACAGAGCACAAGCGUAAUUAUUCUCUGAACCGGCGUUCUUAUGCUCUUCAGAAUGACGCCGAAAAGCCGAGCUGGCCGCACCUCAAAAAUUAUCGCAAAUUUUAGACCGAACCCAUAAAAGUAUGCAUAAAAAUGCAUCAGAGAUAGCGCGGUAAAAUAAUGAAACUCUAAAAAAGAUAAUAUUUUUGGAAAGUGUCCCUGGCAUUUAUGGUGACUGACAGAAUAGACUCUUCAAGCUGCCAUGAAACUCGGUAGCAUCUCUCUGAAGUAUAUCGGUGAGACUAAAAUUUACUUUUCCCAACUGUUUCUUAGUACCUGUUUCGAUUUUCACGUGUUCGAUUUCAGUUAUCAUAUCAAUGAUUUCCCCAAUAUUUUGCGUUGAUAUUGACUACAUGGUGAUGGCGUCGCCGGUCGGCAACUCUGAAAACCUCCACAACUGUUCUUACGAAGAAGACUUGGUUAGCAAGAUUUUAAGAGCCCCCUUCAACAACUUUUUUUGAAAAACGUUCUCUUAAAAAAAAUUAAAAGUUGUACUUGAAUGUUUGAAAAGGUCUAACUGAAAUAGUGUUCAGGAGAUGCGCGCUUGCCUUCUUCAGUACUUCAAACUUUAUGGCGUCGACUACGGAGUCCUUCCGAACAGCUCAGUCGACCCUUUUGUGUCCAUCCGUUUCGACGCUACCGAUAUGUGCAAGUCAGUUUUUUUUCGUCUUUGAAAUUUGCAAAGAGAUUCAAUCUUUCUCCUCGAAAGAAGAUAAGCAUCCCUUGGUGAGUGACCCAAUCUGAAUGUUUGUUCGUUGCGCUCAUAAAAUACUGUAUUCUCGUCGUAAAUUCGAGCCCAUGUAUGGCUAUUUUUAGCUUAUCGAACUUUUUAACUGUUUUCAAAGUUUUUCUCCAUUAACGCUGUAGAAACCAAAGUCGAAAAUAACUCAAGUGUUUCGAAGAUUUUUCUGUCAGAGAGUAAGCAAAUUGUGAAUGACUUUUCAAAUGAAGCCGUUAAACUUUGACAAUAUUUGAUUUUUAGCAACUACGCCAUUUUGAAAGGGUGCCAUGCACACGUCUUCGACAAAUGCGUCAACUUCAACACUUUGCAGGCGAUUUUGGAAUCUGUUGAAGACACAAAAUAUUAUGUAUCUCAACUGGCUUUUGUUCAUUUCUACUGCCAAUAUUCAAUACAAUGUACGCUUUUUCAUUAUCAUUUUUAUAAACAGUUUUGCGGUUUCCUAUGAAAAAGUAUUUUCCAGUUGUGAAUUACUUCGACUGCAAGGAAAGGAUUGCAGACGACGACUUAGGUGAGCUGAUCUACGACGAAUGCCGAGAACACGAAAUUGGAUCUUGCGAGUUGGUCUUUUUUUUUUCAUAUUAUUGAACGAAAUUUAUCAACCUGGGCGAUAUACAUUUGAUUUACAGGUCGGUGGCCCACACGAAAAAGUGCGAGCGCGCAGUUUUUCGGAGGACUUGCGGCUCGAGAAAGUCUCUGGAAGGCUAUUGCCGCUACUCAACUAUCCUCCUGGAGAUGACCGGCUGGAACAUUUGUGAGGACAUGCCCUGUGUUAGCUUCUCCGUCCCCAAUUCAACGAUACUAGUUUUUUUGGUAUCUAUUUUGUUUCUAUAUAAUAAACUUGCCGAGUGAUUUUUUUUUGUUGUUGAGAAACUUACGGAAACAGUUCGUUGCAAAAGUGAAAAAAAAGAGUCGACAAUAAAAUAAAAAACAUCAAAGUUCAAAUAUGUGACGCGAAGAGGUUUUUGAUUUUAUUUUUUCAUCUCUAUCUUUUUUUCAUAACUCAUUCCACGCUAGCUUUUCACGGUUUUCCUUUCGCUAAAAUUACCGUAUACCAAAUUAGAUCAAAACGGAGCAUCUUCGCUUCUGUAGGUUUUAGUUUUUGCUGUCUUAUCAUCUGUUUUGUAUAUAGAGCAAAACUUCGUGUUUACGGUAGCUUUUUCUUUUCUGUUGUUUUAAACCGUAUCGCGCAGAAUACACAUAUAGUUGAUUCACGGCUCACUUGAGCUAUCGGAAAAAGGGUCUUGAAAAGAUAAUGCACGAGAUAGCGCCUGGCUCGUGGAAAGCACAGACAGGCCGAGCUCUCUUCGCGUCCCAAGCUAGCAUAUACAUAUAGUACUAUAAUUUAAAUGGAAACAGACUAAUUUUCAAGCAAGCAACUGAAAAACUUGAAAAAGGGAAAAAUUGCUCCAGUGCGCCGCAGCAUACAGUACUUUCGUCCAGGCCCGGCCUGACGCACAAGCCUGCACGAAAGUAAAAAAAAAUUUAAAAUUUCAUUUAAAAAAUUUUCACCGAAAUGUGACUUUUACUUCUGAAAUCAUAGUUUUUGUUAAACUUUAAAAGAAAAAAUGAGCAAAAACGUAAUUUUUGUCGUAAAAAACUUGAUAUCCGGAUAAUUUUUUUCUAGUCGGAUAUCCGACUAGAAAAAAAUUGCGCGAUUCGGGCCGGGCCGGGCUUACAAAAUGGUCCGGGGGCCGGGAGGGUGACGGGCCGGCCCUCGCACAAGCCUGCUUUCGUGUGAACGCGUAAUGGCGUGUUCAUCGGAGAAACGGAACAUGCUGCAAAACGAAAAAUCGUGUUCAUCGGCGCGCCAAAGUUGCUCCAAAACAGUACUAAUUUUUGUUUUGGAGCAAUUUUCUUGCGUUUCGAAGCAAUUUUCGUUCUGUCCGAUGAACACGCCAUAAAAAGCGGUGCGCCGUUUUCAGAAAAAAAUAAUUGAGAAAACGAAUUUUUCAAUUCGUUAACUCAUUCAACGAGAUAGUUUGAAGUUAAGAGUGCAUCGUGCGGAGAAAUGGAUUGAGCAGUAGAAAAAUAUUAUAGACAGUAUAAGUUAAAGACCUCCGAUCGUCAUUUUGCCCCACUUUGUUUAAUAACUUCAAAUUAGGAUUCCGAUAGUGUUUUUUUUUUCUCGUUUUUCAAAUUAGUAAAACAGAGUUGGAGGUUUAUAAAUAUUCAUUGAAUUUAUUAAGUGGAAAAAAGUUUUAAUAUAAUACGAACCACCAAAAAGGAUCUUUUUGAAUGCGUAAGUUGCAAUUUCGCAAUUUUGCAAAAUAUUGAACAAGGUUUUUUAGCCAUGGAUUUUUUUUUCAUUUGGUCAUAAACACAAGAUUCAAAUGAAUCUUGUGUUUAUGACCAAACCAAAUUAACAAUAAUUGAUUUUCAUAGACCUUAAAAUGUUUCACAGGUCUUAUGUUCAACUUUUUUUGUCCGCGGACCAGAGAUGAAUAUCUAGUUCGUAAAUCUUCUGGGAAUCUAUAUGAAAAUUGAGUUUAAGGUAUUUUUUGUCCAUAUGAGCUUGUUAUUCAGGUUUCGUAAUGAUUUACAACAAUUGAGUGGGGAUCGCCUUCAGAAGCACUCAAUCAGCGAUUCGUUGAGAUCAAUCGAACGAUUUGUCGCUUUAAUAGGUUGAAAGUAGACAUAUUCUUUUGAGAAUAUCAUUUUCAGAUAAUGAGAAAGUUCAUUACCGAGUGUUACUAUGCAUCAAUACGCUGAAAGGGAAUCAAGGUGGAAUAAUUGGAUUCAAGGAGCGCGGAGUUGGUUUUUUUUUUUGCAAAAUAUUUAUGAAAAUCUGACUAAAAGACCAAUAAAUAUUGGUAUUGAUUAGUGAAGUUUUUCUGUUAGUCAUCGAGCAAAUUUGACGUUUGAAGGUGGCUGAAACGGAGUUGUUCCCAACGAAAGAAGACUACGAUGAAGCUAUUGUGAGCUCAAUUGCCCGACGUUAGUUUUCAGUUAAUUUUGCUUCUCCAACGCUUUGUAGACGUUGUGCGAAUUCGCGAAGCCGUCGGAAGAGAUGCUCUCAGCAGAAUAAUCACGAAUGUUUGGCAAGAAGCCAGUUCGAGGCCUGAAUUGUUGGGAGAGACUGUGAUUCCCGGAUUCGAACCAUGCUGGUUGGUUUUUUUCCAUCCUCGGGCAAAGUCGGAAUUGUGGAUAAUGGCCUUUAAAAGGGAGUGGCUCAAAAAAGGCCGCAUAAAAACAGCAAAAGGGUCCCUUUAUCGAGCCUCCCAUUUUUAGGACCUUUGUCACCCUUUUCGACUUUGCCUAUGUCUCGGUAUUUCAAUUCCUUUCAUCGAGAUAAUGUCUUCAGCCUCUCGUCCUCGGCCAAUGACAAGAGUUUUAAUCGAAUUCAGGAGAUCUCACGGACUCUCCAACGUUCCAACAACUCUUCUUCUCAAACCAACCCGUUUUUCCUUUCUCUUUUCAGAAUUAAUUCUCCAAUUCUCAGAAAAUGGGCGCCGGAGUACGUGGAAUGGCCAGCUUCUUCUGCAGAAUCCGUAGAAUCGGGGAUGCCAAGCACCUCACAACUACCGCAGUCUUCAGUAGUGUUCAGGGUUUUUGACAUUCAUUCACUCAAUAUUUCUCAGAUGGGCCCAGUCUACGAGGCUCCUCCAACAGAUCUUUUGACACUAGUUCGCCUCGCUUUUCCUGAUAGCCACGAUGUAUCUGAAAACUUGAUGCUGGAAAAUCUCAUUCCGAUUUCAGGUCAUAAUCCAGCACGUUACCGAUCUACUGCAUUCUAAACGUCCGAACAGCGACUUGCAAGGAGACGUGAGUUUUUGAAGAUUGUCACAAAGGGCCGAAUAAAACAUUUUCUAGUCAUAGUGACUCUUGAUGUGACUAAACUGGUACUAUUCACAAUUUUAUCAACUUUCGUUUUAGAAAUUUACGAAAGUUGAUAGCCAUUAGCUUCACGGUGGUAAUUAAAGGGUUUCGAUUUGUUCAUUAAACUCGUAUACUUUUUUCAAAGUUGUUUGUGUUUGAAAAACCUAAAUGUGCAGGCUCUAUUAUUGUUUUAAGGGCAAAGAUUGCGAGCUUUUCAAUGAAUCUUUAAGGCAUGAUCUAUCUAUCUCUUCCAAAGACCGCAGCAAAUGAUUUUGACCAAAAUUUUUCUUUUUAUCUGACAUUUAUCAUUUGCACAUUAGAGUGAGAUGCUCGUUUCAGCUGAUAGAUCUGCUGGGCUUCGAACACUUUGAUCUGGUGGGAAUGUUGCUCGAAAACCGAGAACAGAUCUGCUCCAGUAA